AUUAUGCACUUUGGGAUGCCCACGUCUAAAGCCAGAUAGGGUCAAUGACAAAGAGAGAUAAGUGCACAGCAGCACAGUGGGGGGAGGUAAUCAAUAGGGGUAUGUUUUUUGAUUCACAAGUCACAGCCGUAGCAAAUGUGCAUUUGCUGGGAGAAAGGUCUGCUCUUAGUAAUUGGCUUCCAGGAAAGAAAUAAAGAGAGAGAAAGCUAAGGGGGGAGAGAGAGAGAGCGAGCGAGAUACCUUCGAGCUGCUUUCAGGGGGUUCAAGCAACCUUGAGCUUUAAGGGGGGAUGGUAUUUUCUUCUUAAAUUGUCUAGUUCUGCAGUGCUGGUGCAAUAUUAGCAGUACUAGUAGUUUUCUGCAAUAUUCACUAGCAGUGUCUUUUCUGGUGUCUGUUCUUUACCAUUUCUUGUGGGAUCUGGAUUUAAGGCUCUGGGCUUCUUUGGUUUUCCUCUACUCCAUGGCUAGUUUUACUUUGAUUUUAAUUGUUUGACUAUUUUUAGAUGUGGGUUUUUUCAUAAAGACUGAAUCUUUGAAUCUUCGGUCUUGAAUUUUUACUCUGGUUGUUCAAUUUUCUUUCCUUUUCUCGUCUUUUCUAGCCAUUCUUGGAAAGUCAGUACUUUUAAAAUAGUCUACUAUCUUCACUGGAUUCACUGAUUAAACCUUAAAUUCUGUGGGUAUCACUUAUCCUCUUUCCUUGUAUAUCUUAGUUUCCAAUUGUAUUGUCUGAACGAUUUUCGGCGGAGGUCAAAUCUAGGGUUUCUUGAUCUGAUACUUUUCUCAUUUUCCUCAAUUCUUUUCUGCAAAGUCUGGACUUCUCGUUUGAAUUAUUUGCUAAAGCCAAUGCUUAGCUUCUUUCCCUCCUUAAGACAGGGAAUUUGAUUUCGGAAAGCAAAGGUUUUGAUUCCUGGAAGCUUUUUAGCUUGAUGACUUUUGCUUUUUCUUGAAAUUAGAGAGGGGAAAAAAAAAAAAGAAGAAGCUUUGAUGCAUCUUUCACUAUGGAAGCCAAUAUCUCACUGUGCUGCUCUGAUUUUGGAUAAGAAGAGCAGAAGAAAAGAGGGGUCUAGUCACUCAACGGAGGAAAUUAAGAGAAAUCCAUCAAUUUUGAGGAAAUUGCAAGAGCACAAGCUUAGGGAGGCUCUUGAGGAAGCUUCCGAGGAUGGGUCUCUUGUUAAAUCUCAGGAUAUGGACUCAGAGUCGAUGGCAAAUCAAGACGAGGGCUUGGGCCGAUCGCGGUCCCUUGCAAGGCUACAUGCUCAGAAAGAAUUUCUGAGAGCCACUGCUCUUGCUGCUGAGCGUAUCUUUGAAGCGGAGGACACCAUUCCAGACCUUGAGGAAACAUAUUCAAAGUUUGUCACCAUGUAUCCCAAGUACCAGUCGUCAGGGAGGAUUGAUGAGCUGAGGUCAGAUGAGUACUCUCACCUUUCUGGCUCUAUUCCUAAAGUGUGUCUUGAUUACUGUGGAUUUGGGUUAUUUUCAUUCCUUCAAACUGUGCAUUAUUGGGAGUCAUCUACAUUUAGCCUGUCUGAGAUUACUGCUAAUCUGAGCAAUCAUGCUUUGUAUGGUGGUGCUGAAAAGGGUACUGUGGAAUAUGAUAUAAAGGCCAGAAUAAUGGAUUAUUUGAACAUUCCUGAGCAUGAGUAUGGUCUUGUUUUUACUGUUAGCCGAGGAUCAGCUUUUAAACUGCUAGCUGAGUCCUAUCCUUUUCAUACAAACAAAAGGUUGUUGACGAUGUUUGAUCAUGAAAGUCAGUCAGUGAAUUGGAUGGCUCAAAGUGCCAGAGAGAAAGGUGCUAAAGUUCAUAGUGCCUGGUUUAAAUGGCCAACCCUUAAACUCUGCUCAACUGAUCUAAGAAAGCAAAUUUCUAAUAAAAAGAGGAGGAAGAAAGAUUCAGCAGUUGGUCUUUUUGUCUUCCCUGUCCAGUCUCGAGUUACUGGCGCAAAGUACUCUUACCAGUGGAUGGCACUGGCUCAGCAGAACAACUGGCAUGUCUUACUCGAUGCUGGAGCUUUGGGUCCAAAAGACAUGGAUUCUCUUGGACUAUCUCUAUUUCGGCCUGAUUUCAUCAUAACAUCCUUUUACCGGGUAUUUGGGUACGACCCAACUGGAUUUGGAUGCCUCCUGAUCAAGAAAUCUGUGAUGGGAAGCCUACAGAAUCAGUCAGGCCAUGCCGGGUCUGGCAUAGUGAAAAUUACUCCCAUUUUCCCUCUAUAUCUGAGUGAUUCAAUUGAUGGUUUUCCUGGAUUGAUUGAGGAUGAUGAAGUUGGUGAGAAUGGUGAAACUAAAACUGAAACUCGUCCAGGAUCUCAGUUGCCUGCUUUUUCGGGUGCAUUCACUUCUGCCCAGGUAAGGGAUGUAUUUGAGACUGAGAUGGAACAUGAUAACAGUUCUGACAGGGAUGGCGCGAGCACCAUAUUUGAAGAAACUGAGAGUAUUUCCAUUGGGGAGGUAAUGAAAAGUCCAGUUUUUAGUGAAGAUGAAUCCUCUGAUAAUUCCCUCUGGAUUGAUCUGGGUCAGAGUCCUUUGGGUUCAGAUAAUGCUGGUCAAUUGAACAAACAAAAGGUGGCCUCUCCAGCACCACCAUCUUGGUUUGCUGGCGGGAAGAAUAAUAAGAGGCUGUCACCAAAACUGGCAAAGACACUGAACAGCCCCAUGUAUGAUCAAGAGGCAACCCCAGGGCACACUGAGGACCACAUGCUGUCAUUUGAUGCUGCUGUUCGAUCUGUGUCUCAGGAAUUUGACCAUGUACAGGAGAAUUCUGGUGAAGAGCAGUCAAACGAAAGAAAUGUUAAUCUUAGAGAAAGCAGAAAAGCUCCUGGUAAUCGCCAUAUUCAGGAAAUUGAAGAAGAACCUGAAACCUUGGAAGCAGUUCGGAUGUUAAAUUCUGCUGUCAAGGGAUCUAAUCUUAGAAACUCAGAUUCUCUUUCUCAGUCACGAAUCCUUGAGAAUGGUUCAGCUGCUGCACUGUGUGCCGAGCCAAAAGAGAGUGCUAUAAGGAGGGAGACAGAAGGUGAAUUCAGAUUACUUGAAAGGAGAGAAGGAAACAGAUACGCUGGCGGCAGAUUUUUUGGCAUCGAGGAGAUUGAGCAGCCUGGAAGCAGGGGAAGAAGAGUAUCCUUUAGCAUGGAAGACGCCCAUAAAUCACGUCUCAGCCAUACUAUGGAGGCAGGAGAGCUAUCUGCCACAAGCCUGGAUGAUGAGGAGUACGUUAGCGAUGGGGAGUAUGGUGAUGGCCAAGACUCCGAUAGAAGAGAACCUGAGAUAAUAUGCCGGCAUCUUGAUCACAUAAAUAUGUUGGGACUCAAUAAGACCACCCUUAGACUACGGUUUCUCAUCAAUUGGCUGGUAACAUCAUUGCUCCAACUAAGAAUACCUGGUCCAAAUGGGGAGGAUAAUCUUCCCCUUGUCCACAUUUAUGGGCCAAAAAUCAAAUAUGAAAGAGGUGCAGCUGUUGCAUUUAAUGUGAAAGACCGGAACAGGGGCUUAAUCAGUCCUGAAGUUGUACAGAAGCUCGCAGAGUCACAUGGCAUCUCUCUUGGUGUGGGUAUUCUUAGUCAUAUUCGGAUAUUAGAUAGCCCAAAGCAGCAACGUGGUGCUUUCAACCUGGAAGAUACCACACUCUGCAAGCCAAUGGAGAAUGGCAGGCAUGAUGUUAGAAGCGGGUUCAUCAGGGUUGAAGUUGUCACUGCCUCUCUUGGCUUUCUAACUAAUUUUGAUGAUGUUUACAAGUUGUGGGCUUUUGUGGCUAAGUUUCUCAACCCCGCAUUUAUUAAAGAAGGUGGCCUUCCAACUGUGAUGGAAGAUGCAGAAGCACAAGGCUGAAUGCUACAAAUGAGCUUUUGCUGACCUUGCCUUGGGGUGGGGCGAGAUCUAAGAGAUGUGAUUGCCUAAACUGGGCUAAAUCUCUGAGACUGCAAAUAUCCAGAUGCAAGAGCGAGGAAGAGAACUGAGAGAUUUUGCUGGAUUUUUUCACCCCUUUGCGCCGCCAUUAUGCUGCAAUCUGGGUAUAUUUGUUCAUUCGUGGUUUUUCUUGGUUAAAACUGUCAUAUUUUACCUCGUUGAGUUUCUUGUAGAGUUUAGCAUUAGAAAUUUGUAUCAUCUGAGGUUGUAGUUAUGACCUAAAGCAGAUAUACCAACUGACAUUUGGCUCGUGACCAAAUUGUUCUCUAUUGUAUGUUGUUGAGAUUAUAUUUUUGCUUGCUUGGCUCUUCAAUGUCCU